AUGGUUGUGUGCCUAGAGGAUAGCCUGAUUGCCAAGAAGAGGAGCAAGCUGCAGAAUCCGACCAUGUUGAGUCUAUCCCUGCUGGUUAUGUUGGUGGUGAUGAUGACCAUAGACCCUUCAUCUGGUGACACCUUAACCGUAUCUGUAAUCAGUGGUCAAAGUGCUGUGCUGCCAUCCGGCCUCAAGAGCCAGAGGAUGGCUAAAACAAGGGAUGUCAGGUGGACACACGCCAACCUGCUGCUCAACAACAGGACCACCAAGUGUCACCAUGGCCGCUGCCAACUCCUUCAGGACGGAUCACUGAGCUUCAGCAAAGUGCAGGAGGAAGACUCAGGAAUUUACAUGCUGGAGAUCUAUGAUCAACAAGGAACAAUGAAGGAGAGGAAGGUGUUCCAUCUGCAAGUACAAGCAGUUACCAGCCAGUCACCAAGCAGUCAGCAACCAGUCACCAAGCAGGUCCCACCCAGUUACCAAGCAGUUCCCACCCAUUCACCAAGCACAGGUUUCACUCGUGAGAGGAUCGCCAUCGUCGUUGUCAUCUUGCUACUGCUCCUCCUCUGCAUUACUUUCUUCAUCCUGAGAAAGAUGAUCCGUCAAAGUUCCAGGACCUCAGAUUCCACAGAGGAGACCCACAUCUACAUGGCGAUGCAUGGUAACCGUGGAGACAGGGCCAAACAGGAAGAAGACAAGAAGCAGGAGGAACCCCUUUAUGGUAAACAGUGA